UACUUUCCCUCGCACGAUAACCGUGUGUAGGAUGCUUUAAAAACUCGAGCUGCUCAUAUUCUUACUCACUACAAGACACAAGCAGACUUUCACUGGUCCUUGGUCAGAACACUUCAUGAUGGUGGGGUCAGCGCUGGUGUUGAUCCUGUUGUCUGCGGCAGCAACCGCUAAAUAUCACGAUCCACAUUGUGAGCAAGGCCGCUCGGCCAUCGUCCACCUCUUUGAAUGGCGCUGGGACGACAUCGCGGCGGAGUGUGAGCGGUUCUUGGGUCCAUACGGGUUCUGCGGUGUGCAGACAUCACCUCCAAACGAGAACGCUGUGAUCAACAACCGCCCAUGGUGGGAGCGCUACCAGCCGGUCAGCUACAAGCUGGUGACACGGAGUGGUGAUGAGGCUGCCUUCAAGAACAUGGUUGACAGAUGUAACAGGGUGCAUGUCAAAAUAUUCCCUGAUGCCGUCAUCAAUCACAUGACCGGAGCAAGCGGAGGUGGGACUGGGACGGCAGGGUCUUCGUGGGAUGGUGGCGCCCUCAGUUAUCCCGGGGUACCUUUCGGCAGUGGUGACUUCCACAGUAACUGUCCUUCCGGCGACGGCAACAUCCAUAACUAUGGCAACCCCGCUGAGGUGAGAAACUGCAAGCUGGUGAACCUGGCUGACCUUGACCAAGGCAAGGAGUAUGUCAGGGGUAAGAUUGCCGACUACAUGAAUCACCUACUAGACCUCGGGGUGGCUGGUUUCCGAGUGGACGCCGCCAAGCACAUGUGGCCUGGUGAUAUGGCCAACAUCUUUGGGCGUUUGAAGGGAGAUCCGUUUAUCGCACAAGAAGUCAUCGACCAGGGCGGAGAGGCAAUCAAAGCCGAAGAAUACCUGGCCACAGGUCGUGUCACCAACUUCAAGUUUGGUCUGGAACUGGGGAAGGUGUUCCGUCGUCAGAAUGCCAUGAAAUACCUGAGCAACUUUGGCGAAGGAUGGGGCAUGUGGGCUGGCAACGACGUCCUCAACUUUGUGGACAACCACGACAACCAGCGUGGUCAUGGUGGAGCAGGUGGUGUACUCACUCACAAGGAGCCACGUCCAUACAAGAUGGCCACGGCCUUCAUGCUGGCUCACCCCUACGGCUUCCCUCGCAUCAUGAGCAGCUUUUCCUUUUCCAACAGCGACCAGGGGCCGCCAAACAACGGUGGUGACAUCGCCCACGUCAGCGUCAACAGCGACCUCUCAUGCGGCGGUGGGUGGGUGUGUGAACAUAGGUGGCGCCAGAUCUACAACAUGGUGGCCUUCAGGAAUAUCGCUGGUUCAGAACCUGUGAAGAACUGGUGGGCAGGAUCCGACUAUCAGAUCGCUUUUGGCCGCGGUGCUAACGCCUUCAUUGUUUUCAACCUGGAGGGCUUUGACCUCGAUCAGACUCUACAGACCGGACUCCCUCAGGGUCAAUACUGUGACAUCAUUUCCGGCAACCUGGAUGGCGGAAGCUGCUCAGGAAACACUAUCACUGUGGGUGGGGACGGCCGCGCUCACUUCCGCAUCAGCUCCAGCAGCGAGGACCCCGUGGUGGCCAUCCACAUCGGAGCCAAAGUGGGAAGCAGUGCAAGGCGAUUUUAGCCAAUCAAACAAAAUCCUUCAACGGCUUUUGAAUAAAUAACUCAAACAUAAA